CUGGUCAGAGACCAGAGUAAUUGGAAUCGUUAAAAUUAAAACGAUUUGAGUAUUUGACUAUUACAGCAUCAAUAUCAAUCCCUAUUGAAUUCAAAAUAUUUGAAUUUUAAACAUCAUAUUAAAUAAAUUUAUUAUUAAAAAUAAAAAUACCUAUUUUUUACCUAAAGAAAGGUUAUUUUUUACCCAAGAAGAACUAGAAAAUGACUUGGCAGCCGAACGUCACUACAAUGAACAAGCAAAACAAAUCUUCGAUGUACGUCGAAUAUGGUAAUCUUAUUAAAGAAUUAGAACAGUAUAUGCCACAAUUCAAAGCAACUAUUAAAGAUCUACAAGAGCCUUCUCAAUCAUUCGUGACAGAUUUCUACACAGACGUAUUCAGUGAAUUCUUCUGUGAUGUAAACAAUUUGACAGAGAUCCAUAUCAAUCAAAAUCUCACGUAUAAUGAAAUGUACUCUGAAACUGUACCCAUAUUGAAUAUGUGCACAGCUUUAAAAUAUAUUUACUCAAAAUUGGGAAUCGAUGAUUUUGGUUUGAAUGAUAUUUGUGAUCCAAGUUCAAAAAGAACGUACCGUUUGCUUCAAACAAUGAUAAACUUCAUUAAAUAUAGUGAUGAAAAAAUACACGAAGUUGAUGCUAAAAUGAAAGCUGUUAGAAACAUGAAAGAUACCAUUGAUAGAUACAAGAAGCAAAAGGAUAUAAUUGUGAAUACAAUUAAUAAAAAGUCGUUAGACCGUAUACAACGAGGAGUUGAAUUAAAAACAAUUGCUGAAGAAGUGAAAGAUGGAAAGUCUGAAUUAGCGAAAAUUCAAAAACAUAGAGAUGAUGUAUUAAAAGAAUUGGAUAAAGUGAAACAAGAUCAAGAUGAUAUAGAGAAAAAAUGUUCAAAGUUGUGUGAACUAAAAGAUAAUAUCAUAAGAGAUAUAAAUGAUCUUAGAGCCCAAAUUGUAGAAGCACCAGAUUUAUUAAAAGCUGAUCAUGAACGUUUAAAAAGAAUGAAAAAUGAAAUAACAGAAAAGAAAACUGCAAUGAUGGCACAAGUCAGUGCUAAAAAACAAACUGUUAUAAUUCUGGAACAAGAACUAACAGCACAAGAAAAACGAUUACGUUUAUUAACAGAUGUAACUGAAAAAAAUGAAAGAAUUUCUAAAUUACUCAAUGAAAUUGAAUCAAUGUUACAAAAAAAAUGCGAAUUAGAAGAAUCUUCAGAAAAUCUGAAAGAAAAGAUUGAAAUUAUGGAACGUGAACGAGCAGAUAUAAACAAUAAAAUAAAUUAUUUUACUAAGGAAAUGGAGAGGGAACAUAAUUCAUACAAGUCUAAAUAUGAUGCAUUAAAUAAAGAAAUUGACAGUAUGAUAAAACAGUCCAGUCAUCAAUCUGAAACUAUUAAGUCGUUGGACUUUGAGAUUAAUAAAUGUAAUUUGCGUAAAAAAGAAUUGGAAACUGAUGUAAUUACUAUUAUGGAAGACUUUGAAUUUGCCAAGAAUGCUUUAAAUGAACUAUGCUUAUUGAUUUACAGCAAAAAAAUUUCAAUUUGGAAACCAUUAAGAAUCUAAUGCAUCAUGUGCAAAAUGAACAUAAUGACUAUUAAUAUAUUUUUUUUACUUUUUGUUACAUUUAUCAAUUUAUGUAUAUAUUUAUUCAAUAAUUAUUUUAUUUGUAUUUAAUACAAUUAUGAAAGACUUGUUUUUGAGACUUUUUUCUGUGUCUCACUUAAUUUUGUGUAGUAUGAGCAAUUUAAAAUGUUAUUCAAGUGUCACAAUUAUGCUGUUUUAUUAAAACUUUCAUAUUUUAAUUGUAAAAAUCUGUAAAAAAAAAAAACAUUCUGAUUUAUCAAUAAAAAAUUAUUAAUUUACUUAA